AUGGAAAUUUAAUAAGGGGAUCAAUUAAGAGUAGCUGCAAAGCAUCAUAUUGAAAGUUUUAAUUACUUGUACACUCAUGGUUUGGUUGAAAUAUGCCGACAUCUAAGUCCUAUAGAAGUUUGUGUUCCUGGUAAUAGAGACAUUCGAUUGCCAUUUAAGAAUAUGAAAAUUUGGAUUGAGGAACUCUAAAUAGGGAUGCCAACAUAAUAAGGAAUGUUGGGAGAUAAUAGAGUUUUACCAACUCAAUGUAGAUAGAUGAAGAAGAGUUAUACUGCUCCAAUGUUAGCCACAAUUUGUAGAGAGAUAGAUGAUAAUCCAAAGGAGACAGUCCGUUUGUCUUUAGGAGAAAUACCAAUAUUGGUGAAGAGCCAGAAGUGUCAUUUAAAUGGGCUGAGUGCAGAAGGUAUUUUUGAUUUGGCUAAAUGAAAGAAUUGGUGUAAUAACAGGAAGAUUGUAAUGAAUUCGGAGGUUACUUUAUAAUAAAUGGAAAUGAGAAAAUUAUAAGAAUGUUGAUCAUAUAGAAAAGGAAUUACCCAAUUGCAUUCAAGAGACCUGGUUACAAGAAUAAAGGAUUCAAUUUCUCUCCUUAUGCAGUAUAAAUGAAAUGUGUGAGAUCAGAUUAAUAUGCAAGAACAAUUACUUUACAUUAUUUAAUGGAUGGUAAUGUUUACUUGCGUAUCAUUUUAAAGAAGAAGGAAUUGCAAAUGCCUGUAAUAAUAUUAUUAAGAGCAUUAACAGAUAUGAAUGAUUAUCAAAUUUAUUAAUAGAUAGUGCGUUCAUAAGCAGAAAAGUCAGAUAUAUCUGAUAGAGUAGAAGUCAUGAUUGCAGAUGCUAAAUCAAGAGGAAUUAAUACUCAAAAAGAUGCCCUUGAAUAUAUUGGUAGAUUACUUAGAGUAGAACUUAAUAUUUUUAAUCCAGAGACUACUGAUCUCUAAGUUGGACGUAUAUUCUUAAGAGAACAUAUAUGUGUACAUCUAGAAAAUGAUUAAGAUAAAGCUUCUAUUCUCUUAUUGUGCAUUGAAAAGUUAUAUGCUCUUUUUAUAGAGGAAAUUAAUCCAGAUAAUUUGGAUUCCUUAGUCAAUUAAGAGGUUCUCCUUUCUGGACAUCUCUAUACUGCAUAUUUAAGAGAAAAGUUAGAAGAUUUGUUAGUUGGAGUAAGAGAAAAAAUAUUGAAAGAUGCAACAAAGGAAUAAUCUAAAUUAAAAGAUUUAGCUUAUUUUAAAAGAUGUUUUGAUUUAUAAACUACUGUUGGUGAAAAAUUGGAAAAUUUCUUAGCUACUGGUAAUUUGAGAUCUCAAACUGGAUUAGAUUUAAUGGAAGCAAGUGGAUUUACUAUUAUUGCUGAUAAAUUAAAUAAUAUGAGAUUUUUAUCUCAUUUUAGAUCUGUUCAUAGAGGAUCUUAUUUUGCAUAAAUGAAAACAACUACUGUACGUAAAUUACUUCCUGAUGUUUGGGGAUUUGUCUGUCCUGUCCAUACACCAGAUGGAGGACCUUGUGGUCUACUCAAUCAUAUUACAAUGAGUUGUGUACCAUUAACACAUCCAGAUGAAUAAGAUAUUGAAGAAUUAUUAUUUCCUUUAGGAGUUUAAUCUUAACGUUUAAUUUAUUCUAAAAAUGAUCUCCCAGUAGUUUUAAAUGGUAAAUUAAUUGGUUAUUUAAAUUCAUAAUUAUUACCAACUUUUGAACAUACUCUUAGGGUUUAUAAAUCUAAUGGUAAAAUUAAAGAAACAACUGAGGUUGCUUGUCUACCUAGACAAGAGAACAAGUCUCCUCUCUUUCCUGGCAUUUAUAUCAAUACUACUGUAGCAAGAUUAAUGAGACCAGUUAUUAAUUUGAAAUUGAAUACAAUUGAAUGGAUUAGUCCUUUAGAAUAGAUUAAUAUGAGUAUAGCUUGUACAUAAGCUGAUAUUCGUACUGACACUCAAUAUUAAGAAAUUGAUCCUGCAUAUAUAUUAAGUAUUUUAGCUUCCAAUGUUCCAUUCUUAAAUUAUAAUUAAAGUCCUAGAAAUAUGUAUUAAUGUCAAAUGGCUAAACAAACUAUGGGAUCUCCAUGUCACAAUUACCCUUAUAGAUUUGAUAAUAAAAUGUAUCGUAUCCUCUUUCCUUAAAAACCUGUUGUAAGAUGUUUCGGUUAUGAUGAUUAUUAAUUUGCAGAUUAUGCAAGUGGAACCAAUGCUAUCGUAGCAGUUAUCAGCUAUACUGGAUAUGAUAUGGAAGAUGCUAUGAUUUUAUGUAAAUCUAGUUAUGAGAGAGGAUUUGGACAUGGUAUAAUUUAUAAAUCAACUGAAUAUUCUUUAAAUGAUGAUAAAGAAGUUAAAUACAAAUUACUCAGUCAAAUACCUGUAUAAUUAUAUAAUCAAAUAAAAUCAAAUAUUCCAGUAAAUUUAUUACCUUAUGGAUUACCUGAAUAAUCUUAAGUUAUUACAAAAGGAACUGCUGUAUUAGCAUUAUACGAUAGUUAAUUACAAUAGGUGAAAGUUCAUCAUUCAAAAGACAGUGAGACUUCAAGAAUUGAGCAAGUAGCUGUAGUAAAUAAAUCUGAAAAUGAUGUAUCUGUGAUGAUCAAAUAUAGAAUUAAUCGUAAUCCAAUAAUAGGUGACAAAUUUUCAUCUCGUCAUGGCUAGAAAGGUGUAAUGUCUUUAUUAUGGCCAUAAAUUGAUAUGCCAUUCUCAGAAUCAGGAAUGGUACCAGAUAUUAUUAUUAAUCCUCAUGCUUUCCCAUCUAGAAUGACUAUUGGUAUGUUAAUAGAAAGUAUGGCUGCUAAGGCAAAUGUUUUAUAAGGAGAGAUGUUUGAAACUCAUCCAUUUUAACCAUAUGAGAAUGAUAAUGUUGUUGAUUACUUUGGAAAACAAUUAAUUAAACAUGGCUUUAAUUAUCAUGGAAAUGAAACCUUAUAUUCUGGAAUUUAUGGAACUCCUUUAAAAGUUGAUAUCUACUUUGGAGUUGUCUAUUAUUAAAGAUUAAGACAUAUGGUUUCAGAUAAGUCUUAAGCUAGAAGUAUGGGACCUGUUGAUGUUCUCACAUAAUAACCAAUAAAAGGUAGAAAGAAGGGAGGAGGUAUAAGACUUGGUGAAAUGGAAAGAGAUGCUCUAAUUGCUCAUGGUGUUGCUUAUUGUAUUAAUGAUCGUCUUUUGAAAUGUUCAGAUUACUCUGAAAGUAUUAUAUUAUAUUAUUCAUAGCCUACAUUUGUGAUAAAUGUGGUAAUAUGUUAGCCACUUAUUAAUUUGUCUAAUUAUUAUCCUUAGAAAAUAUUCAAUCUGUUUAGAGUUCUCAUCCUUAUUGUGUAAGAUGCAAACAAUCAAAAUGUUCUAAGGUAGCCAUACCAUUUGUACUCCGAUAUCUUGUAAAUGAAUUGGCAGCCAUGAAUGUUAAAUUAGAAUUUUCUGUUGCUAGAUGAAAUUG